AUGGGGGAUUCUUCUGCAAGUUCGAAGAGAGUUAAGCUCCGGGAUGGGAGAUUCUUAGCUUAUAGAGAAGUAGGAGUUUCAAAGCAUAAAGCCAAAUUCAAGAUCAUUCUUGUUCAUGGCUUUCGAAGCUCCAAAAAUAUGAAUUUCUCUGUCUCUAACGAGCUGAUACAAGAGCUUGGGGUGUAUCUUCUAUUCUAUGACCGUUCUGGAUAUGGAGAAUCUGAUUCAAAUGCCAAAUCUCUGAAAAGAGAAGUUGAUGACAUAGAAGAACUUGCUGAUCUGCUAGAGAUAGGACCCAAGUUUUACUUAAUUGGAAUCUCCUUGGGAGCUUACCCCACAUGGGGUUCCCUAAAACACAUACCUCACAGGCUAUCCGGCGUGGCUUUUGUUGCUCCAACGGUGAACUAUCAAUGGCCUUCCCUUCCUGAGAAGCUUAUCAAGAAAGAUUACAGGAGAAUUUUUAUCAAUUUGUGUUUGAUGAUAUCAGAAUAUGCACCUGGACUGUUACACUGGCGUGUUAUUCAACACCUCAUCCAAUCAACUAGUUCGGUCCUUAGAAGCAAUGUGCUCUACCUCAAUAGUUUCCACGACAUUAAGGUGCUCAAACGACCAACCGUUACACCCAAUGUUACUAAGAAUAAGGACGUAGUUUGGUUUGAUACAAUAAGGGAUGAUUUCGUGGCUUGUUUUGAGCAAUGGGAUUUUGAACCCGCGGAUCUAAGCAUUAGUAAAGAGAGCUCUGUUCACAUAUGGCAUGGGAUGAAAGACCCGGUGGUUCCAUUUCAACUUUUAAGAUGCAUUCUGCAGAAGCAACCGUUGAUCAACUACCACGAAAUGCCUCAUGGCGGACAUAUGAUUGCGGAGUACGAUGGCACUGGCGAUGCCAUUCUACGUGCGCUGUUGCUUGGGGAAGAAGAAAAGAUAUACAAACCAGUCUUGGACGCACCGUUUGAUGGAAACAUGUUCCACGAAACUGAUUUGUUUUGGGGGUUUAAGCGAAAGAGGUUCUUGUUGCUUUUAGGUUUCUGUUUCUUUUUCUUGUGCUCUUAUUUUUUCAACUAA